CUACGCGCUUUUAUUCCAAGAAACACACAAUUUCCGGUUCCGGUCAUUGCAGAAUCAUUUCAAACAUUUGGCGCAAAAGAUGGAGAUCUGCUUGAAUAAAGAGGAAGAAUAUAGGGUGAAAUUUACGUCGAAAAAAAAUGUGGUCGAACAAAUUAAGAAAUACAAAGAACUACUGAGGAAGGUAUUGAAUGGCCAACCUCAGCUAUCCGAGGAAGCCAAGCAACUGUUACAGGAAGAGUUGCUGGCGAACUUCGAGACUGCUGUUCAAGAAAACGUGUUGAUCAAUAAUCAGACGUGGGAGGAGGCUCCUGAUGAAGAGGCUCAAGGCACAAUAGGACAUCAAUGUAAAGAUUAUUCAGUGAGGGAGGAGGAACUUGGUGUCAUCGAAGAUGAAUGCAGUGCACUUGACGACCUGCUGGAUGAGAACAUUGUGGAGACGUCUCGGAAACGACGUAAAGGUCCUAAAGAGAUCCUCCCCUAUGUCGUACGGUCACUAAAGGCGGAGCGUAAACUCAUGGGAAUGUAUGAAGUAGUAGUGAAGCCACAAGAAAUGGGAAAGGACCCAGUACAAGAAACCAUCAUGACCACCUUAUUGGAUGCUGCACCUCGUAUGUUUAAGCAAGCCAGCGCAGUAAUGAAGUCUCUCCAGGUAGUGCAGCAGAGGGCCGAGGGCCUGGGACAGGUGCUGAAAAUGUGUCCCACAGCUGAGUCCAUGGAGGUGUUCGGGGAGGUGUUGGGCAGCAGGCCCAAGGGAGAGGAAAAGACAGCUAGUAGGACCAGACCACCCAUCAAGAGAGCCAUGGAGCAAACAGAGCUCAGAAUCAACUAUGCUCCUGGUCUAAAGAGGCCAGCCAUUUGUAACAGCAAUGACAAACAUGAGUGAAAUACAUGCCACAUAAAUGCUUCCUGAUCAUGGAACAUGUACUCUUAUUUGUGAUUGGAAGAAUGCAAUACUGUAGUACUCCCCACAGUGAUAAGGCCUAUGUUUGCAGCAGUCUGUGAUACAAUACUGCCCUCACAUGAUGGAUAAUGGGAAAUCACCCAGUAGUAGUGUACAUUGUUUUUAUGCUGUAUAUUUAAAUGUCUUUAGAAGGAAAAAUAUAUAUUUUUGCUUGGGUAUUCUUUUUUUCUUUUGCCGUUUGGCCUUUGUCACAGUUGAGAACGCACAAGUUGUAGGCUUAUGUGAAUAAAGGCUAUUUAAACAA